CACACACACAGAUAUCACCAAACAAUUCUAGCUCGGAGCUCACUUUCUUGCCCACAUUGACCACAAACUCACUGCAAUCCUCCUGCUUCAGCUUCCCAUAGUAAACCGGGAUUAUAUGUGUGGGUCACCACACCCGUUCCACCCGCUGGCGUUUGUGGGACAACCCCAGGCUAACAGGUUUUCCUUGAACUGGCCAUCCUCCUGCCUCAGCCCCCUAAAUGUUGAGGCUGUAGGUAGGUGUUCUUCAGCAACAAUCCAGGGGGCUCUACUUCCUUAGGAUCUCCCUGCCUGCUUCUGGGUACCUUCUGCUCCAACCCUGGCCUUCGCACCCCCGUUUAUGUGGGACCCCUCCUUCUCUCCGCACAUCCCCAGUUCUCUAUCCAUCGUAUUUCUGUGAGACCCUUUCCCCCACCCGGCUCGCUGGUGUUCCCACUCUCACGCUCCUUUGGCGCCUCCAGCCUGCCUGGUCUAUCUGUCGCCUCUCCCUGAAUCCUACAACAUCGCGGAACUUAUUUCCUUCAGGUAGUGAGGCCCUUUAGGAUUGGGGUAGGGGUCAGUGGGACUGCAAUCCAAGGCAAAUGGACUCUGAGUGACACCAUGACCCCAGUGCCCUCUUUGUAGUCACCCGUGGCUUCUGAGGUCACACCUACCCCACCCUCCAGUUUCAGGAAUUCCUGGCUUGGGGGGGUAGACUUCCUCCGCUACUUCCUCCCUUCCAGGAUUUGGCUGGGUCUCCGUCAAACCCCUUCCUGCUUUGCCUCACUCCCCUUCCCUGGGACUGAACUCUGUACCCCACCCCUCAACUAGGGAAAGGGAAGGAUCCAAACUCUGUGUGUGUGUGUCUGUGUGUGUGUGUGUCAAGCUAGAUGUGCAUUGGAGGCACUGGUGUAAAAGAUGGUGAACACCCCAGCAGUCUUUCUAGAGCCCCUAAUGAGCUGCACCCCUCCACACACACACACACACACACCAACCUACCAAAAGGGCUCCCUACCAUCCCUGUCUCUGAGACUGGACUUGUCUUCAGGUUUGGGCACCGCUGGGAUCCUCCUGGGAAUCCAUAGAUGAGACAGGUGGAGGAAGGGUUCCCAAACUCAGACCACGCAGGAGCCCUGGGGCCUGGAGUGUGGCACCUGCCAGUUACUCUAGCACAUGGAAGCUAGAGACAGGAGGAUAAGACACGACACCUUGUCUCAAAAAAAAAUAAAAAUAAAAAUAAAAAAAUCUUGUAGUGACACAUGUAACCCAGACUGGGGUGGGGGAAACCUUGGUCUGAGGUCAGUCUGGGCCGAAUGAGACCCUGCCUUCCAGCUUUGAAUGGUGGGACCUAGGAUGCUGAGACCCUUUGAGACAAGCACAGGGAACCAAAGUCCCUUGUGGUGGUCCAGCCCUUCAACCCAUGCAGAUUGGUGCUGACAACCUGCUGAUUCGUGGUAUUCACGGCUGAGUGCUACAAAAGACCCGUGGGGACCAUGUAGGCCAUGCCCUUCCAUUUUACAAGUGGGGGAACUGAGGCCCUAGAGCAGAAGUGAGUUAUUGCCAGCUUCGGGGGUUGGGACUCUUGUCCAGCAGUAGCCCAUAUCCGGAGACCUGGGUUCCCUUGGCCAUAUCUGGAUACCUGGAUUCUUGGGCUACCGCUAAAUCGGAUUAAUUCGGGCAAUGAGGUCCUCCACUAAAUGAGUAGGGAGCGAUGCCAGAUUUGGGUCUGGGUGGUUGGUGGCGAAAAGAGAGAGUUUGAGGUGGAGCACAAAAGGUAUUUCUGAGGGCUUGCAGGUGGAAAGGGAGAGGGACCAGAGAUGGCCUGCUGGGCUUGGGGGAGGAGUUUCCGGGGUAAAGAGACAAACCGAGGGGAUUAACUCCACCCGUCUCCUGACACCCCCCUCCCUUCAAGCCCACUCACGGUUCAACCAGGACAGGGCCUAUAAUUUGGUUUGUGUCUAGACAAAUAAUAACUCAGCUGGUGCGAAAAGGGAGGGACGAGGCCAGGCCGUGAGCAAGGGGUCAGAAGCAUCAUGGCUUCCUAGACUCCCUCCCUGAGGUGGGAGAAUAUCAUUUGGGGAGGGGGGAACAGUUGAAGGUGAUGAUCAGCCAUCCUGACCCCACGCCCGGCCUCUGUGAACCUUCAGCUGCUCGAUCUGAGAAUUUUUUUUUUAAAGUCAGGGCAGAAACGGGGAGAAAAGAGGAAGUGGGGUUCACCUAUUUACAACGCGUUCCCAUUUCUGCAAAGAGUGAAAAGGGAAACGUGUAUUCAUUUGCUGGAAAAAAGAUAAAAAUCACCCAGAGUUUAAUAAUAGAUUAUGAAAGUCAUAGCGUGUGUUUUAUUUUUUUUUAUUUUAUUUUUUUUUUUUUUUGAAAUCAUAGAAGGUUCUAACAAUAGAACUUCAGAAUCUUGGGCCGGGAGACGCCUGGAAUAUUGGAAACUGACAAGGGUGCGUGCUGGCAAAAGCGAGGAUAAUAAUAACAGAAAGCAGAGAACCAGGGCUCUAGAAUGUUAGAACAUUCGACCCCAAACAGGGCUGGCCAUAAAAACCUCGGGACUUGAGAACCUUUGGAUUCUAGAAUGUCAGCAGGGUAGUUCUAACAGUUCCACAUUCCUGCUGGUUGGUGUGGGCGUAGCAGCCAGGGUAGGGGUGAGAGAGAGACGCUCCUUAAUAGAAAUGGGGAAACUGAGGCCCAGCCAGGACAUGGAGAAGCCUGACUGCACCCCCGUCACCGUUUCCGCUUGCUGCCAAGGCACCAGUGGACCGGAGACAGGUGUUAUGGACCGAGGGGAAUGCAUGAAGGAGAAAUUCUGAAAUCCAGUUCACUCCUUUCACAUGUCUACCCAGCUCAGCUCUCCAUGUGGUCGUGAAUGGGACAACUUCAUCUCCACCCCUUGAACUCCUCUAGCAGCAACUCUGAGUUUCCCGGUGCCCUCUUCAGAGUUCUUCUACCCACAGUCCUCCUGUGCUCCACAGCUUACUCAUCUUCCUGUUUCCAGCAUCCCUUCCCACAGUCCCCAGCCUUAGCAAGUCCUUCCUCUUUGUCCAUCCCCAGAGGACACUGUGGUGACUUUACAUAGUUCUCUGCUUCCUGCUGGGGUCCUAGCAGAUGCAGUACUCCAAGCUGCAUCUUCCCAACUCAAUGCUCUCCUGUGUUAUUUCCUGAGUCUUCUAGAACAUUCCAUCCCAUUGGUAUUUAAUUGUGUCCAUGCUUAUUCCCCAAGACCUCAGUAAGCAUGGUACCAAUGGUGUCUUCAACUCCUCCAUAAACACCGCCUUCAUCUGAUUUUUCCUGCGCUCCCAUCUUUAUGUCUGAUUGCUUGCAUAGACACUCCCAUUGGCAUUAGAGCCACUUCUUGUCCAACCUUCAUCCUGUCCUCUCAAGUUGUCCUUUUGCUUAGCCUUCCACAAAACAAACCUGGAACUCUGUCCUCGUGAACUAUCUCCUAUGAUGUUCCCCUGAGCCUCCAAAGAGGGGGCUCAGGGGGCCCGAUGGCCUCCCGCCCCCCGUGGCCCUGUAGCCCCAGUGGGCCAGGGGAAGAGCCUAGGAAGCCCCAGCACCCAGGAUGGGCAAUCGCACGUGGGAGGGCUGCCACGUGGACUCUCGAGUGGACCACCUCUUCCCACCAUCCCUCUACAUCUUUGUCAUCGGGGUGGGACUGCCUACCAACUGCCUGGCUUUGUGGGCGGCCUACCGCCAGGUGCGCCAGCGCAAUGAGCUGGGCGUGUACCUGAUGAACCUGAGCAUCGCUGACCUGCUAUACAUCUGCACGCUGCCAUUAUGGGUCGACUACUUCCUCCACCACGACAACUGGAUCCAUGGCCCCGGCUCCUGCAAGCUCUUCGGCUUCAUCUUCUACAGCAACAUCUACAUCAGCAUUGCCUUCCUGUGCUGCAUCUCGGUGGACCGCUACCUGGCCGUGGCCCAUCCGCUGCGCUUUGCGCGUUUGCGCAGGGUCAAGACAGCUGUGGCUGUGAGCUCCGUGGUUUGGGCCACCGAGCUGGGCGCCAACUCUGCACCGCUCUUCCACGACGAGCUCUUUCGAGAUCGCUACAACCACACCUUCUGCUUCGAGAAGUUCCCCAUGGAGAGCUGGGUGGCCUGGAUGAAUCUGUACCGUGUCUUCGUGGGCUUUCUUUUCCCUUGGGCUCUCAUGUUGCUGUGCUACCGCGGCAUCCUGCGGGCCGUGCAGAGCAGUGUGUCCACGGAGCGCCAGGAGAAGGUCAAGAUCAAGCGUCUGGCUUUGAGCCUCAUUGCCAUCGUGUUGGUGUGCUUUGCACCCUACCAUGCCCUCCUGCUGUCUCGAAGCGCUGUCUACCUGGGUCGGCCCUGGGACUGUGGCUUCGAGGAGCGAGUCUUCUCCGCCUACCACAGCUCCUUGGCUUUCACCAGCCUCAAUUGCGUGGCCGACCCCAUCCUCUACUGCCUGGUCAAUGAGGGAGCCCGCAGUGACGUGGCCAAGGCCCUGCACAACCUCCUGCGUUUCCUGGCCAGCGACAAGCCCCAGGAGAUGGCCAACGCUUCCCUCACCCUGGAGACACCCUUGACCUCCAAGAGGAGCACCACAGGCAAGGCCUCCGGAGCUGUAUGGGCAGUGCCUCCGACUGCCCAAGGGGACCAGGUGCCGCUGAAGGUGCUGCUGCCACCAGCACAGUGAGCUCCAUCCUCAUGCCCCGCCCCUCUCUACUGUAUGCAAAUGUAUGUAAAUAUGACCGUGUGAAUCUUCGUAAAACAAGCAA